AUGACCGGCAGCGACACUCCGCGCCUUCCUUUGGAGCUUAUACCCCUCAUCUUAAACCGCGCCGACAAGACGGCUCAGGCGAGGAUGGCCCUUGUGUCUCGGACAUGGCACGAUCUGCUUAUCAAAAACCUCUACGCUCGCAUGCACAUCUCGAACGGCGGUCAGCUGGAUAUACUCCUCACAACUCUUAUCAUUCGUCCUGAACGCUUCGCAUGGGUGAAGGAAGUCGAUUUCGACAUAAUAAACUGGAAUCCCAGAGCUUUGGGACAGAUUCACACCAUCCUCACCGUGUGCCGCCCUGAACGCGUGAUGUUCGCAUCCACCGAACCCGGAGACGAAUCCCACUUUGGCUGGGACAACGGACGCCUGCUCCUCAACGUAGUGCGUGACGAUCUAGAGGGGGGCCUCUCAGCCGUUGUCGACACCUUAUGUUGGCAAUACGCGUUGAAGACCACUCACGUUCUUGGCCUGGGCUGGCAAUUCUUCAACCGGAAGCCCAACUUUCCUUGUUUGCGGAUGGCGGCAGGGACCUCUAGGGAACUUCUUCCAAGCAGCAGAUCUCGUUGGUGGCAGCGCCCGCCUGUCGUGUACGUCCGACUGAAAUUAUAUGGCCCUUCUGUUCAUGUGGUCCUCUUGUAUCUCUCCAAAUGCAUCCGCUUCCUUGAUGUGGCAUUCUGUGGGAGCCAGUUGACGCUUCCGCGAUGGUCGAAUCUGAUGCCGAAGCGGUUGCUUAGAUAUGUCCUCCUCUUCUGGAACGAAGAAUGGCAGACGGAGUGGCAGGAGGCACUGUCGAAGUACAACGGAGGCGGCGUAUUGGAGAUCUGGGCUAAGACGCGGGAUACGAGUAAAGCUGAGAUUGUUGCGGACCUAGCCAGGGCAAGCAAGAAGUUUGAUGAGGUCUCCUGCAGAUUGCUGGUCUCCAGCUUCCUGGAUGUGAAAGAACACCCACUUUCCGAGCUUAAGUAG